UCCGGUUCUGCAGACGGCUGGACGCUUCCUACCGCUGUCCUGAACUACCAUGAUAUCAUGGCAAGAUUUCGCAGGAGAACAUGCAUCGUUUUGCUGCUUUUUAUUUUAUUUAUUUGCUCUAUAAUGAUGGCACUGAAAACUCUGAGACCAGAAAGAGUUGGGUUUGGAGAUCCAUUUGGUCUUGGCCUGUUACCAGAUUUUCAGCAACAGACCACACAUUUAAAAAAGAAGUUCAGUCUGCAUAAGGGAGCAAAAGAAGACAGCUUCACGCGGACCAAAAGCGUUCACCCUCUACCGGUGAAUCUCAAAACAUCUACAACUUCUGUAAGAAAAAUGGAAGAGCUACCUCCUCCAAAUUAUAAUUUCCAUGUAUUUUACUACAGCUGGUAUGGGACUCCACAAUUUGAUGGAAAAUAUAUUCACUGGAACCACCCAUUACUGACCCAUUGGGAUCCAAAAAUUGCAAGUGGUUAUCCAAAAGGCAGGCACAAUCCUCCAGAAGACAUUGGAUCAAGCUUCUACCCAGAACUUGGACCUUAUAGCUCUAGAGACCCAUCUGUCAUAGAAGCUCACAUGAAGCAAAUGAGAUUAGCAUCCAUUGGGGUAUUGGCUCUUUCCUGGUACCCACCUGUUAUGGCUGAUGAAAAUGGAGAGCCCACUGAUGGCCUUGUGCCUAUAAUUUUGGAUAUUGCACACAAGUAUAAAUUAAAGGUCACUUUCCAUAUUGAGCCAUAUAAAGACAGAGAUGAUCGCAGCAUGUACAGCAAUGUCAAGUAUAUUAUAGACAAAUAUGGAGGCCAUCCAGCUUUUUACAGACAUAAAGUCAGUACAGGUAGAACCCUUCCCAUGUUCUAUGUUUAUGAUUCUUACAUCACAAUCCCAGAAAUGUGGGCAAAUCUGCUCACGGUAUCAGGAUCUCAAAGUAUACGUAAUACACCCUAUGACAGCUUAUUCAUUGCCCUUCUUGUAGAAGAAAAACAUAAACAUGAAAUCCAUCGAAGUGGCUUUGAUGGGAUUUACACCUAUUUUGCCACAAAUGGUUUCUCUUAUGGUUCAAGCCAUCAUAACUGGCCCAGUUUGAAAGCUUUCUGUGACAUAAAAAACUUAAUGUUUAUUCCAAGUGUGGGCCCAGGGUACAUAGAUACCAGCAUCCGACCAUGGAACAAUCACAACACACGCAAUCGUGUCAAUGGGAAAUAUUACGAGACGGCAUUCAGUGCUGCGCUUCUAGUACGACCUGAAAUCAUUUCCAUCACCUCUUUCAAUGAAUGGCACGAAGGGACUCAGAUUGAAAACGCCAUUCCUAAAAAGACUGAUGUGACAACUUAUCUGGAUUAUCAGCCUCAUAAACCAAAUAUCUAUCUGGAACUAACUCACAAGUGGUCUGAAAAAUAUAGCAAAGAAAAGGAACAGUGGCUUACAUGAGUUGCUAUUGUGGUUGAGAAUUCUACAUUGAAUCUAUCAUUGAUAGAUUGAGAAGAUGUUAUGAGGAAGCAGUCAGACUAUUUCUACUAGAAAGUUUUCACUUUAAGGAACAAAGGUAACAACAAGCAAUAUUAUCCCUUCAGUUACUUUAUUAUAUGAAGACUGUGUUGGCCAUGCUUAAUAUUGUAUAUAUUAUUCUGUAUUACAAGUACUGUUUCCAGAGUAUUUGAGUGGUGGUACAAAUAGACUGUUAAAGAGCUAAAUUCAAAACUGGCUGCAAUUAAAAUAGUUACAUAAGA